UAUCGGAUUGCACCGCCAAGUCUCAAAACUUGGGUCGUCAACGCUCGUUUUGAUCAUUAGUUUCCACUUUCUCAUUGAUCUCAACCCACGAGUUUAGUGAGUUGAAAUAUCAGCUAAUCUCACUUCCAUGGGGGAUUCGUCGUCUGCUUCGUAUAUUCACAUGGUGCAUCACCUGAUAGAGAAGUGUUUGAUCUUUCGGAUGAGUAAGGAAGAAUGCAUGGAAGCCCUCUCCAAGCAUGCAGAUAUCAAACCUGUCAUAACCUCCACCGUGUGGGAUGAACUGGAGAAAGAGAACAAGGAGUUCUUCGAGGAAUAUGCACAGUUCCGAAGCAAAGACGACCGAAUGUCAGAGGAAGAGACGAAUCAGAUGAUUCAGAAGAUCAUCUCCUCCUCUGGUUCCGCCUCCCAAGAUUCACACCACGAUGACGACGAUGGCGACGGCAACGACCAUUCAAACCCAAACGUUUAACAUAUUCUCUCUUGGUACAGUAGCUACUCCGAAAGCUAUUUCACCUUGGUGUAUAUGUCCAUAGUUGUCUCAAUAUGCCAAAACCACACACACACCCCAAAGGCGCGCUCUCUCUCUCUGGUGGUCCAUACAAUGUGACGAUGAUCACCAUAGAUCACUUCAUGUACGGAAGAGCACGGAAGCUGCAAUUGUCCCUUAGCUAAUAUGAUGCAUCUGCUCCAAUGAUGGAACUCGUACUGCAAAGCUUAGUGUGUAAAUAGAUUUAUGUGAAUGAAAGUAUCAGUUAUGUGAAUAUAUGUAGCUGUUAAUGGGAUCAUACAGAGUAGUCAAUUAUGAAAUUCCAUGUCUGUUAUUGAUACUUUCAUAAAAGAUUUGAUGAUCGCGUUAUUGGCUUUUUGACGGAACAUAUAAACAUAUAUGGAAUGAGCAUAUUUUUACUUAUUUU